AUGCUCCCCUCUCAACUUAAUGGCAGCCCCAAGCGUGCCAACCCCUUUGCUCGGUCUUCUCCCUCGCCGGCGACUCAGCCAAAACCCACGCGACCCCAGUCUGCCAUCAUCACGCCGUCGGGCGGACUCGAAUCGGCAAAAGGACAUUUGCGCAAUGCAUCGGUCUCACAUACAUCUCCGACGCGAUCGCCAGGUCUAGGAAGCCGAGAACGGUCCAAUUCAGCAAAGCUCAAUGCCGCGUCGGGCACUUUCGCCCCAACUUUUAUCAAAUCCGAAGAGCUACGUCGAGGAGCCGACCAAAUUCGAGGACUCGAGGGCGACAAUGACUUUUCCGGCAGCAAAUACGUAUGGCUUCGGGACCCCGAAAAGGCGUUCGUGCGGGGGUUGGUACUAGAAGAACUGGAAGACGGGCGACUGUUGGUGCAGAGCGAUGACGGCCAGCAACGAGAAGUCGAUGCGGACCAAGUCGACAAGGUCAACCCCGCCAAAUUCGACAAGGCAGACGAUAUGGCCGAACUCACCCAUCUGAACGAGGCCUCCGUAGUCCAUAACCUGCAUACCAGAUACCAGUCGGAUUUGAUCUACACGUAUUCGGGGCUUUUCUUGGUGACGAUAAAUCCAUACUGUCCCCUGCCGAUCUACACCAAUGAGUACGUGAAGAUGUACAAAGGCCGUGGCAGAGAGGAGACCAGACCACACAUUUUUGCCAUGGCAGAUGAAGCGUUUCGAAAUUUGGUCGAAGAAGGCGAGAACCAAAGCAUUCUCGUGACUGGUGAAUCCGGAGCAGGUAAAACCGAGAACACGAAGAAGGUCAUUCAAUAUCUGGCAGCGGUCGCGACUUCAGAUACCCCAUAUGGCCGUUCAGGGACGAAGCAGUUCUCUUCCCUCUCACAGCAGAUCCUGCGCGCCAACCCCAUCCUCGAGGCCUUCGGAAACGCUCAGACCGUCAGGAACCACAACUCGUCUCGCUUCGGUAAAUUUAUUCGAAUUGAGUUCUCCCGAUCAGGUCAGAUUUCUGGUGCAUGGAUUGAUUGGUAUCUCCUCGAGAAAUCGCGCGUGGUGAAGCCGAACCAGAACGAGAGAAACUACCAUAUUUUCUAUCAGCUUCUGCAAGGUGCAGACCGCAAAACGCGCGAAGGCCUUCUCCUAUCGGAUCUUCAAAUCGAGGACUUUGCCUACACGAGAGAAGGCAACGACUCGAUUGUUGGCGUUUCUGACCGGGAUGAAUGGAACUCAUUGAUCGAGGCCUUCCAUGUCAUGAAUUUUUCUGACAAUGACCAGCUAUGCAUUCUCCGCACAAUCGCUGCCGUUCUCCAUCUGGGGAAUGUGUCUAUUGUGAAAGAGAGCGUACGCGCAGACCAAGCUGCACUUGGACCUGAUGGGUACUCCAGCAUGGAAAAGGCCUGCCAGCUGUUGGGCAUAUCUUCCGAAGAUUUUGUGAAAGGCUUACUUCACCCCAGAGUCAAGGCGGGCCGUGAAUGGGUCGAGAAGGUUCAAACACCUGAGCAAUGCCGCCUGGCUCUUGAUGCAUUAUCCAAAGGAAUCUAUGAGCGUGGCUUCGGGAACCUGGUCUCUCGAAUUAACAAUCAGCUUGGCCGUGCCAUGGCAGCCGACGAGAAUUAUUUCAUUGGUGUUCUGGAUAUUGCCGGUUUUGAGAUAUUCGACAACAAUAGUUUUGAACAGCUGUGCAUCAACUACACGAACGAGAAGCUGCAGCAAUUCUUCAACCACCACAUGUUUGUUUUGGAGCAAGAAGAAUAUGCUCGGGAGCAAAUUGAGUGGCAGUUCAUCGACUUUGGAAAAGACCUCCAACCCACGAUCGACUUGAUCGAACUGACAAAUCCGAUUGGUAUAUUUUCCUGCCUCGACGAGGACAGCGUGAUGCCCAAGGCCACAGACAAAUCAUUCACCGAAAAGCUUCACUCUCUGUGGGACCGCAAGUCUCGCAAAUAUCGCGCCUCUCGUCUCAACCAAGGAUUCGUCUUGACUCAUUACGCCGCAGAAGUGGAAUACAACACACAGGAUUGGCUGGAAAAGAACAAAGAUCCCUUGAACGACAACAUCACCCGUCUUCUGGCAGCUUCGAAAGAACGACAUGUCGCCAAUCUCUUCUCUGAUUGUGCAGAGCCCGAUGAAGACGGCGGCGACUACCCCCGUAAUCGGGUCAAGAAGGGGCUUUUCCGCACAGUGGCUCAAAGACACAAGGAGCAACUGUCAAGUCUCAUGUCACAGCUGCAUUCAACACAUCCUCAUUUUGUGCGUUGUAUACUGCCAAACCACAAGAAGCGCCCAAAAAUGCUACAUGCCCCGUUGGUGCUAGAUCAACUCCGGUGCAAUGGUGUCCUCGAGGGGAUUCGCAUUGCUCGCACAGGUUUCCCCAACCGUCUUCCGUUCACCGAAUUCCGACAACGGUACGAAGUUCUUUGUCAAAACAUGCCAAAGGGCUAUUUGGAGGGUCAGAGCGCAGCUAAGAUUAUGCUUGAAAAGCUUGGAAUGGACCGAGCCUGGUACCGGGUUGGUCGAACUAAGGUUUUCUUCAGGGCCGGAGUUCUGGCGGAUCUGGAGGAGAAACGCGAUCAGCUCAUUCGGAGUAUCAUGACCCGGUUCCAGUGCCACGCCAGAGGCUUCGUGCAGCGCCGGAUUUCGAACAAGCGGCUGUAUCGUGCCGAGGCAACGAGGAUUAUCCAGCAAAAUUUCCAUGCCUACCUUGCCCUCAAGGGAAGCCCUUGGUGGCAGCUCUUCUCCCGCAUGAAGCCACUCUUGGGCGAUACGCGGACAGCAAAGGAAGUCAAGAGACGGGACGACAAAAUUCAAGAGCUGGAGGUGAAGAUGAAACAAGAUCUCGCUGAUCGCCAGAAGCUUGAUGAGGAGCGACGCCGGACCGAAAUGGAAAUCCACAAGAUCCAGAAAACCCUAGAAAGCGAGCGGGCUCUCGCCUUGGACAAGGAAGAAAUAUUCAAGCGUUUGCAGGUUCGGGAAGGCGAACUCACAGAGAAGCUGGCAGGUGCCAUCGCAGACCAGGAAAAUCUAGAAGAGCAACUGGACGAACUGGUUGAGGCGAAGAAGAAAACCGAAGAACAACUUCAGCUCCGGAUUACACAGCUUGAGCAAGCCGGGCAGAUCAUUCAGCAAUUGGAGUCUGGCAAAAACGAUUUGCAAUCUCAACUGGACGAGCUCAAUCAAAAGCUUACCGAUACCGAAGGCCAAUUCACUGGCAAGAAUGGUCAGAUCCAGGAACUUGACCGGGAAAUGAAAAUGCUUCAGAGUCAUUUGAAUUUGAAGGAUCGCAAACUUCAGGACUUGGAGGCCAGACUACUCAAAACGGAUCAAGAUCUCGAUGUCAAACUUGCCAAUACAACUAAGGAUCUCGAUAAGUCCAAGAAACAGAUCAAAGAGCUUCUGGAUGACAACCGCUCUGUCCGUCAACAACUUUCCGAACUCUCUUCCACUUCCACCGGCUAUGAGGAUCUUCUGCGGCGCAAAGAAAGUGAAUUGGCAGUUCUUCGUAACGAUGUGAAAAAACAUGAGGAUGAGCGCAAGAGCCUCCACUCUGAAAAGACAUCACUCUUGACACGUCAUGACAAUAUGCAGAAACGCCUCCGCGAAGUACAAGCUGAGUCUGAUGCCAUGCGAUCGGAAAAGGCACAGCUUCAGCGUGAGGCUGCCGAUGUCAAACGACUAUUGGAAGAGAAGCGCACCGAAGAUGCCGAGGCCGGCGAGAGCAGAAAGCUGCUGGAACAGCAAGUGAAAGAUCUCAAGGACCAGCUCUUCAAAGCACAAGCAGACCUCAGCCGUGAACGCCAGUCGAGGGAUGAUGUACAGAUGCUAGCCGAGCAUAAUCUGGCUCAACUGACUGACAAGUACAACGAUCUUAACGAUUCCAAGAUUGAGAUUGAGAAGGAGAUGUACAUCCAACAAGAUUCCCUCCGUCGCGCGACAGAGGCUCGCGUUCAUGCUGAGCAGGCCCGCAAAGACUUGCAAGGAGAGUUGAUCAAACUCCGCGACCGAUUCACUGAUGUAGAGAGCUCCCGGUUGAAUGCAGCGGCCGAGAUCGAACGCAAGACCAUGAAGCAGGCUGACGAGCGCAUUGCUAGCCUGCGUCGAGACCUUGAGAGCAAGUCAGGCCAACUUGACGAGAUUGAAACGGAACGGUCCCAGUUGUCUGUCCAAGUCCAGGAAUUGACGCAGCUCAUUUCGGAAUCAGACAACUUCCGCCUCCGCAAUGAUCAACACAAGGAGCGUCUUGAAAGAGAGCUUGUGACUCUGAAGGGCAGACUGACAGCGUCCGAAAAUGAUAAUCGAGCUCUCCUUACCAAGAUUCAGCAAAAGAAUCUCGAUCUUGCUCGGUCCAACUCCAAGGCAAGCGACAACAACAAAAUGCGACUGACAAACCUUCAAAAAGAGAAGGCCAAGCUGGAUGAAGAAAACAAAAAGCUCCGCCAGCAGCUCGGGGACUCACAGCUCUCUAUUACGUCUCUUGAGAAGCAAAAGGAGAAGCUGUCAUUGACCUUGGAAGAUCUCAACCACGAGGUCAAUCGCGAGCACAAGACGAGUCGCAACGCCGAAAAGGCCGCUUCCACUGCCAACAUUCAGCUCGCAGAGGCAAACCGCAACCUUGAGAAUGAACGGCAGCUGCGGGGCCAGGCUCAAGCCAACACGCGACAACUUCAGGGCACCCUCGACAGGGCAAACAAGGAGAUCGAGGACCUGCACCGCCAGCUCAUCCUCCUGCAUAAGGUUUUCGAACCUGAAGCCACUGAUGAAUCCACAAAGUCAUGGGAAGCCGUUAAGCCGCAUCUUUCCAAGCAAGUCGACAUGGCACAGGUUCUCGAAACCGUGCAAAACAAACUUCAAGUGGCGGAAGAGAAGUACUCGAGGGCCGAGAGCCAGCUGUCAGAAAUGCGCCGGCGUCACUCCGACGAAAUGAAGGAGCUCGAUGCACGCUAUUCCUCGUCGAAGCGUGCUCUCCUUGAAGAGAUUGACCAGAACGAAGUGGCCAACAAUCGCACCCCAAGCCACUUCCGCAAGAAUUCUGAAAAUGCCCAGAAGAAAUUCUCCAACCCCAGCACGCCCAACCGACGGUACAAUGUCUACGAAGGAGUUAAUGACUCUGGCCGGUCAGACCGAACGGUUGAUACCGUGGGAUAUCAGAAGCGGAUGGAUACGGCGGCCGAAAUCGAAGAGCUCCAAAAUAAACUACAGAUGACCGAGAUGCAGAACAGGCACCUCCAAAGCCAGCUGGAAAGCUCGACACCGAUGCGGGAUAUCUGGCAGGAUGAAAGCCCCUCCAUUCGCCGUGUGCAGCUACUGGAGAGAGAAAAUGGCCGUCUCCAUGACCAGCUUGAUGACUCUGCCAAGAAGGUGUCGGCCCUGGAGCGCAGCAUUCGGUCCGGAGAACUCUCACUCCGUGAUGUUCAGGCCAAGUCCCACGAGGAACUGUACGACUUAAUCAACUCUCAGGAGCACUCCCGGCGGUCUCUACUCAAGGUCCACAACGAUACCAUGUCCGAGUUUGGCGAGGCGAAAACACACUACGAGAAGCUCAAGCGCGCCAAGGCGAUUCUGGAAGUUGAACUGCGUGACGCCCGGUCCGAAGCCCAAGAACUUCAGUCGGCGAGAGAACAAGACUCCAUCAGCCGCAAUCAGCUCCUUCAGGAAUUCUCGGAUCUGCAGAUUCGUCUGGACGCCGAAACAUCCAGGUCGGCCGAUCUGGAGUCCAGCAUGACCUUGUACAAGAGUCGUGCCGACCAGUAUUUCAGCAAACUAGAGCAGGCCGAAGUCGCAGUGCUUAAGGCCUCUCGUGCCGAGCAAUUCGCCAAGUCACAAAGCAAAGAGGCCGAGGAGACUUACGCACAGGUCAUGGCAGAGCGCAAGGACAUGGAUGCUCAGAUCGAGUACUUACAACAACAAACGCAGUCUCUGGAGGCCCGGAUGGAAGACCAAGCUGCUGAGCUUCAGGGUGCCCUGCAGGCCAAGCAACGCCUCCAGAAUGAGCUGGAAGAUUACCGGAACCAGCGAGCCAUUGAUAUCGAGGAUAAGGAGACAUCGAUGGAACAGACCAGAAAGAAAUACCAGCGAGAGUUCUCGACCAUCAACCACGAACUUGAAGUGGAGCGCGAGCGCCUGCUUAACGUCCGCGGUGAAAAUAGUCGUCUGCGCGAGGAGCUCGAGGACCUUCGAAGCAAGUGGGAUAACGAAGUGCUCAACAGCUCGACCUGGGCCAAGGAGAAGUCCCGUAUGGACAUUGCCUUGCAGGACGUCACCACUUCCCACGAGGAGGCUGUCAAGGCCCACAGCGAGGCCCAGAGCAAGGUUGUGUCAUUGCUGUCACAAGUUCGAACACUUCGCACCUCCGUUGAUGAUAUUACCGCGGAACGCGAUUUGCUUCUCAAAGACAAGAAGAUGCUGGAGGGCCGACUGGCUGAGGCUGGGGAACGUCUACAGGAUCUCGCCAAGGGUGAAAGCCCGUCCAUGCGCAAUGCUGCCAGCAUGGACCGUGAGUUGCUUGAGCUCAAGUCUCGCCUCGCUCAGCAGGAGGAUGUCUCUGCUGCCGCUGUUGGCAAAAUGCGUCGUGCCGAUGCUCUCGUGACCGAGAUGCAGAAAGAAGUCACUGCCGAACGAGAGACCAACGCCCAGCUCUUCAAGGAGAAGGCCGCUCUGGAGAAGAAUCUGAAGGAGGCGCAGCUCCGUUGCGUUGACCUCGAGACCAAGAGCUACUCAUCCGGUAGCCAGGAUGUUCGCUUCCUACACAAACGGAUCAAGGAGGUAAGAUUCCAUCCAUUUCUACAUUGA